AAGGGAGUUUAGGUGGUUCCGGUAUGGGGAUAAGACGUGCAGGGUUUCAGAUGCGAAAGUCGCACCCAACCGCUUCACUCUCGCUCUAGGCCAUCCACAGCGGCCCUGCUUCCUUCCACCUGCGAGCUUUUUCUGCAGAAUGCGGGAAGCCGCCGCCGCCGCCACAGAGGAGGGGGCGGAGGCAGAGGCGGAGGCGGCACCCAGUGGCCGGGGCAGGGGAGGCCGGGACCAUCGCAGUGACUAUUUUUCUGCAGCAGCGGCAGCAAGGACGGUUGCUGCAGGUUCGGGGUCGGCCGGCCUGCGCGUGGGUUUGCGAGGACGCUCUUCGUCCCCUGCGCUGGGGUGUCCGACAGCGAGGAGGAGAACGACGCACGGAGCCCGCGCGAGUGGAACCAGCAAAGAAAGCUCCAUCGGUCGGCAGAGGAGAAGGGGGAGGAGGCACGGCCGAGGCAAACGAGCGGACGCCUUGUUGCCGGGUGCCGGUAUCACGCCGCUGCACGCCUUCCAACAAAACCCACCGCGGCCCGCGUUGCAGCAGCCGGACGGAUGCCAAGGCCACUCGGCAGGCACGGGGGCAGCCGUCGCAGUCGCCGUCCCACACGGGCUGCGGACACCGAGGGUUGCUGGACCCUUCCCAGCUGUAAGAAUUUACAGCUACAAUCCAAGAAAUGAGAUUGCAUUUUACAAGAAAAGAAGGCUGAUAAUUCUUGCCCAAAACAGGAGAAGUAGAAGGAAUGUGAGAGAAAAUAAUGUAGAUUCCGUCCAGGAAGUGCUAGAUGCUUUCCUGAUUUACAGAUGGCUUCAGCUGAAACUACAGGAAAUGACUCAUGGUUAUCCCUGAAGAUAUUAGAGCCAGCUUUCCAUUCCUUAGGGCUGAUGCGUAGCAGCUCUUUGAUAAAUAUUUGCUAAAUAAAUGACAAAUUUUAGAA